AUGGCUUGCAGAAAUCAAAAGGCUUGUCCUCCCACUUCUAUAUCACGAAAGAAGGCUUGUGCAAUGGCUUGCAGUAGCAUCCAUACUAGCUCUUCAUCACGCACAGGAAAUUUCGACGUGUUCGUAAGCUUUAGAGGUGAGGAUACUCGUAAUGGUUUUACCGAUCACCUUUUUACUGCUCUUCAGAGAAAAGGUGUUGCCUUCAGAGAUAUCACCAAAAAAUCAAGAAAGGGGAGCUCUUGGACCCUCAUCUCUUGCAGGCUAUCGAAGGAUCGCAUGUUUUCAUUGUUGUCUUCUCAAAGGACUAUGCAUCAUCCACAUGGUGCAUGA